AUGUAAACCAAUUUGGAAAUUGAGAAAAAAAUUUGCUAGGUUCAUAAAUUAGAGAUUGUAGCAGUCGAUUUGAAAACAUAAACAAGAAUUGAUGACAAAUAUUUAUGCACAAGGUGUCUAGCUGAAAGAGUUGAUAAAGAAAACAUGGCAUUGCUAAAUGAAGCUACCGAGAUGAUAUAAAGCAUGAAAACCUAAUCUUUAAAACUUUCAAAGGAAGAAAAUGUGCUUAGAUUAACUAAUUUAAAAUAAUUAUCAUCAUCGAUAAAGUCAUUCAAAAACUAAAUCAAGUCAGAACUUGGAAAAUUGCUUCUAUUGAUUGAUCAAUAAAUGGAAUAAAUCCAAACCGAAAUUGAAUCAAAAGAAUCAAAGUUAGAGAUCAAUAAUUACGACGAGGAAAUUCAAAUUCUAUCAAAAAAUUAUAAAGGAAAUUUUAAUUACAAUAUACCCAAACAGCAAGUUUAUAAGGAAAAGGACUUAGCUCUCGUUUAAUUAAUCUAGGAAUCAAUUGAAUCUUAAUAUAAAUCAUAAAAUUUUAUCGAAAUUAUGGAAUCCAUAAAUUUAAUAAGAUCUAGUGAACCAAUUAAUCAAUAAGCAAAUAUUAACCAAAUACCUACAAAAGAAUUUGAUUAACAUGUAAUUUAUGAUAAUAAUAUUAGAAAACUCCUUGUCUAAAUUAGAUAUGCAACAAGCAUAACAAAGAAAUAAUUAUGUUAAAUAUUAAUUAUAGCGAACCCAAAUUUGGUCGAUUUGCUUGCGUGGAAUGUAUUCAAGAAAAUCCGAUAUAAUACGUUAGCUUAAAAGAGGCGAAUAAUAUGUGGAAUACCUUUAUUGGAUAAUCAGAAGAUUUGAUAUCUAAACAUAAUUGUAAAAGAGAAUAAAUGUUUAAAUUGGUUAUAGAAGAAAUUCAAUAACUAAAAGAUUAUUAUAACCACUCGUUAUCAGAAAUGUUAUCUUCUAUAGAUGAACAGUUUGUCAAAAAUAAUUAAGAGAUUUAAGAUUUCCUUAAAUUAGAGAAUAAAUAAAUAUUUGAAUUAGAUGAAAAAUAAGUUGAAAAGAUGAUUGAUUUAUUAAGCUAAUAAGAUAAAAAUAAACACAUACUUUAGCAAUAAGAUAAGCAAGAUAGACUUGAUUAAUUGUUUUAUCAGAAUGUUAAAUCAAAAUUAGAAACCCUGAUCAAACAUGAUUUACUUUGCAAAUAAUAAUUGAUGGUCAUUUUGUAAGAAUAACAAAGUAAUUUAUUUUUUUUAGUUUAGAUAAUAAAAUCAUAGAAAAUAACAUGCAUUCUGAUAUUAAAAUUAGUCCUGAAAUAAACGAGUUUAUGUCUAAAUGUUAACUUUAGGAGUAAUACCUAAAAAUUUUUACUGAAUCCGCAAAUUUUUAAAGAGAAUUAGAGAAAGAGGCAUCUCAACUUGAGUAAAAUGGCUAUCUUCAAUAACUUAUUGUAAUUGAAGAGAAAAAUGAUGAUUAAAAUUCUCAAUGUUCUAUAUUCUAAUAACAAUAUAAAUAAUUUGAAAUAAAUUCAGAAAAAAUGAGGAAAUUGAUAGAAGCUGAUGAAAAUGAGAAAUAAUUACUUUUAAUCACCAAAUAAAAAUAAGAAUUGCAAAUUAAAAUUGAUGAGGAAAAGUAAGAAAUUAAAAAAAUUUAAGAAAAAAUUAUUGGGUUAGAAGAAAAUAUUAAUUAGAAAUUCCUCAAAUAAGAAUAAGAGUUUCUUCAAUAAUCUAAUUAGGAAACAAUUUAAAAUAAUCAACUAAAGCAAAGUUUAAGGGAAUUAUCUCAGUCAAGCGAAAUAAGAUUGGAAUAAUUAUCUAAUAAAUACAAUUAGUUGAAUUAGUAAAUUGAUGAAGUAUAAUCAGACUUAAAAGAAAGAGAAAAAUCCUCAAUAGUCUCAGAUAAGUUAGAAUCAUUAAAAAAUAAUAUCGAAGCAUAGCUUAUCACAUUUGAUUAAAAGGUUGAAAAGCUUACUGAAACUAUUAAAGAAGUAGAUAAUUAAUAAUCUAUAUAAACUUAACAAUAAAAAGAAGUGUUAAUAUCAAAAAUAAUGAUGAAAUAAGUGCAACGAAUUCUUUAAUUGAAAAUUAAAAUUUAAAACAGGAGUAAUAUUUUGUAAGUAAUGAAAAAUAAUUAAAGACCAUAACAGAAUAACAUUAGGUGCUGUUAAAUGAGAAAGAAAAAUAAACUAAACAAUAGAUAAAAUAGUUGGAUGAUAAGAUUAACAAUUAAGGUGUUUUAUUACAAAAUAUGA